AUGCCGUCUUUGCCCUACACACUGGCGGGAGCCUCAUUGCUCUCAACGUUCAUUGUCACCAUCUUGAAUGGGAUCUGCUUUGCAACCUCACAAGCCUCCGCGGAUGUGGUCACAAUCAUCCUCAGUGCGAUGGGCUGCCUGGCCCUGAUAACCCUCGGUGUUCUCCAUCACAAGAACAUCCAGAGGGGCCGUGUCCCCUGCACCUAUCUAACUGGUGGAUAUUUACUGAUUGCUGCGGUGGCAUCAGCCGGUGCAAUGGCAUUGAGCCCCCAGGGCACCGUGUUUGUGACUCGAUCUGUCUUCUGGGCUCUAUCAGUCUUCAUACAAGGCCUCUACUGUGGAUACAUUACCACAGCCCUCUUUCAAGCCCAUUCCAGCCCUGAAUGGCCACGCUCCUACAGCCACGAGCUCAAAGACAUGCCCGAGAGCCCUACGCUCAUCCCAGCACCACCGCGAGUCUGCGAUCUCUCCGAACUCUUCGAGCCCAAGCGAACUUCACUUCGUAAAUAUCCCCGGCGCUCCAGCCGCUACUCCGAUGCAACACUCUGCCCAUACGAAAAAUCCGAAACCAAAAACAACUCCAUCGACACAACAUCUACCCAUUCACCCCCGUCUCCAACAGACAAGACAACCCCAGCUCGGCCGCUUCGCGGCAGUAAUAGCAUUCGCAGCAUGUCCAGUUCACGCCGCAAUGCUCCUACGCCACUCUCUCUGGACAGCGCUGUGGGCCCGCUCCCCUCACCAUCAGCCACUCUCGUCGAUUCUCCAACUACAAAGCCUGUAUCAAAUCCCAACUCGACCUGGGAAUACAAUCCUUUCCGCGAAAAUAACAUCCACCCUCUCUUCCGCUCCAACAGCCCUUGUCCCUCGCCUACUUUGAACCCCGGAACUGUUGUCAAAGCCUCUCCUUCGGCUGGUCAGACUAUUCCGGCAGGUACGAUUACACGCAUGCGUUCUGCACGGUCGCUGCGGGAGAGUAGGACACCCUCGCCGCUAGAGGAGAGGAAGAGCGUGCGAUAUGACUUGAACGAAUCCCCUUAUGAAAAGUGA